AUGUAUAUACGCGCGCAUCAGCGGCCGGGCCUGCCAUCGCCGGGCCGCUCGUCGCUGCAGCAGCAGCUGCAGCAGCGCUCGCUCCUCUGGCGCAAGCCCAUCCCGCAGCAGCGGCGCCGCCCCGGGCCUGCGGCACUGCGGCAUGCGUCGACGGCGGCCUACAGUCACUU